GGGAGCCGAGGAGCCCCGGCCGGGAGGCUGCGAGGGCCCGAACGGCGCCAGGCCCGCCGCGCCACGACUUGCCCAAGCUAGACAGGCUGCAUUCUGCGCCCUGGAAGAAGGAGCCGGCCCGCCGCCGCCUCCCGCCGCCUCCCGCCCCGCCCCGCCCCGCCGCUCCGCGCCGCCGUGGGCCGCGCCUCGAGCCAGCAGCGCUUCUGGGGUCUGGUCCCCAGCGCCGCCCCCGCCCGCCCGCGGCGUCCGGCACCCGCCCUGGAGCGCGCAGCUGGGGUUCUCCACCCUCCCUCUGCCUGUCCUUUGCGAGGUGCUGAGGACACAUACCGGCGAGCAAGAGGAGCCCGGCCCUUGUUCCCGCGGACCCUGCAGCCCAGUGGAUGGAGCCCACCGUCCGCAGACCUGCCAGGAAAGAAAACAAAAUUCCUGAGGAUUGUUCCAAGCAGGGAAUCCCCGGUGGAUUGAGGAAUGUGUGGCUUUUCUUCAGCUCACUGAUCUCUGUGGUAGCUACGGGCACCCAAAACCCCCCCAAGAAUGAAAGGCCUGUGAUCCGCAAGUUGCUGCUAGAGGUAUUUUAGCCUCUCCAGAUAACAAUGCGGCUGCCACACAAGUUUGUAAGGGCCCUGGGCGCACGCUGACCGCUCUGGGGCAGGCGCGCCCUCGGCUCGGGGCCCCCGCCGCGGCGCUGCCAUAGCAACGGCCUGGCCGCCGGAGACCCGGCCAUCGCCCGCUCCCGAGGGGUGGGGCGGCGGCGGCCCGGCCCGCCCCCUCCUCGGAGGCCAGCGGAGGCGGCGGAUUUUCUCCCAAGCAUGCCCUUCCAGAAGCACGUCUACUACCCGCUGGCCGGCGGCCCCGGCGGCCCCGACGGCCCCGCAGCCGGCCCCGCAGCCGCGGCCAUGGCCUGUGCCCCCCAGCGCGCGGCGUCGGGCCCCCUGCCCUGCUUCCAGUUCCGGCCUCGGCUGGAGAGCGUGGACUGGCGGCGGCUGAGCGCCAUCGACGUGGACAAGGUGGCGGGGGCCGUGGACGUGCUGACGCUGCAGGAGAACAUCAUGAACAUCACCUUCUGCAAGCUGGAGGACGAGAAGUGCCCUCACUGCCAGUCGGGGGUGGACCCGGUGCUGCUGAAGCUCAUCCGCCUGGCGCAGCUCACCAUCGAGUACCUGCUGCACUCGCAGGAGUUCCUCACCUCGCAGCUGCACCACCUGGAGGAGCGCCUGCGCCUGAGCCUGGAGGAGGGUGAGCAGAGCAGGACGCUCCUCACCAAGCAGGCUGGGGAGAUUAAGCUACUCAAGGAAGAGUGUAAGCGCAGGAAGAAGAUGAUCUCCACCCAGCAGCUGAUGAUCGAGGCCAAAGCCAGCUACUACCAGUGCCAUUUUUGUGACAAGGCCUUUAUGAACCAAGCUUUUCUACAAAGUCACAUCCAGCGGCGCCACCCUGAAGAUUCUCACCUCGAGUAUAAGAAGAAGGCACAGACUGAUAAGCUCCAGAGUGAGAUUGACAUGCUGAAGGAACAGCUACAGCUCACCAAGUCUCAGCUGGAGGCUGCACAGCACGCCCAUGCUGUCAGGUUCUCUAAGGAAUAUGAAAUGCAGAAAACAAAAGAGGAAGAAUUUCUGAAGCUAUUUGAUAGAUGGAAAGAAGAAGAAAAGGAGAAACUAGUUAGUGAAAUGGAAAAAGUCAAGGAAAUGUUUAUGAAAGAGUUUAAAGAAUUGACUUCCAAGAAUUCGGCAUUAGAAUAUCAACUGUCAGAAAUCCAGAAGUCCAACAUGCAGAUCAAGUCCAACAUAGGCACGUUAAAGGAUGCACAUGAAUUUAAAGAAGAGCGUCCUCAGUAUCCCCAGGAUUUCCAAAAUGUGAUGCAACUCCUCGAUAGUCAGGAAAGCAAGUGGACCGCCCGAGUUCAAGUUCUUCAUCAAGAACAUAAGAAAGAGAAGGGUCGGCUUUUGUCACACAUAGAGAAACUUCGAAACUCCAUGAUAGAUGAUCUAAACGCAAGUAACAUCUUCUAUAAGAAAAGGAUAGAGGAGCUAGGCCAGAGACUCCAGGAGCAGAAUGAACUGAUUAUCACACAGAAACAACAGAUUAAAGAAUUUACCAGUAAACCAUUAAACAGUGUCAGUGAACCCAAAGGGAAUCCUUUAACCUGGCAAACUUCUGAAUCUAAGCCAACUGCCCCAGCUCUACCUAUGAGUGCCUCUGCUGCACAGACUCUAGAUGCAAAACCGAAUCUAACCAUGGCACAUGAGCAGUCAUUCUCAUCGCACAUACUGGAGCCCAUAGAAGAACUUUCAGAAGAAGAAAAAGGAAAGGAGACUGAACAGAAAUUAAAUAACAAGAUCCAGUUAAGGAAAGCUUUAAAGAGUAACCCCUCCCUCACCAAGGAGAUAAGGAGAGUCCUGGAGCAGAGUUUGCUAGAGAAACUGGAAACUUUGGGGAUUAAUGCGGAUAUACGUGGUAUUCCAAGUGAUCACUUCGGUAGGGUGCUAAGAAUGGUAGAAUCAGCAAGACAUGAACAAGAAAGACAGAUACCCAAUAUUCAGCAAAUUCGAGAAUUCCUUGAACAUGAGGUCAGCUGUAAAAUUGAAGAGAGAACCUUACUGUCCUUGGAUAAGUACAGUGCUUCUCAAAUGGAUACCCUUUCAACUGGAGAGAUACCAAAGGCGAAACAGCUUCCGCCCCGAAGCAGACCACUGAUUAGACAAAGACCUGUCUUUACUGAUAAGACAUCUGCUCCAAAAAUUAAGAAAAAUAUCGUUGAAGAUCAUUUUCCCAGAAAAUCUUCAACUGUUACGACUCCUCCAUUCAGUUCAGAGGAAGAAUUGGACGCAGAUGACUUCCUCCAGGCAUGCGCAUCCCCAGACCUACUUCCGGUGCAGUCCUCCAAAAGCAACAAGAGUGGCUUUGGAAAGAACAUUGUCAAAAGUGAUACUGACUGGACGGAGGGAAGUGAAAUUGAGGAUUCUGAUAUUUCUCCAAAGCCCACAGGAACCUCCAUUAAAACACUAAUUGAAAAAGUUGAAAAGACGGUCUCAAAUCACAGAAAUGUAAAUAAGCCAGUUGGAGGGAUUAAUGUUGCCGAGGCGUUCAUCAAAAAAGAAUUAAAAGAAGAACUAAAGUGCACAGAUGUGGAUGAUGAUGACUGGGACAUAUCAUCCUUGGAAGAAGAUAAAUCUCUGGGGAAAAAAACUGGGCAAGAACAGAAGGCACCUCUACCUGUGAAGAAUGAGUCAAAUUCUACUCAAGUGCCAAAUGCCUGGAGUGCAUCUAAUCUGAAGGGGCCAAAGGGAGAAGGUCUUCAAGAUGAAUCCAGCACACUGAAAAGCAGCCUAGUAACUGUGACGGAUUGGAGUGACUCUUCAGAUGUGUAACCAGAGCCUGGGAGUCAGAGAGUCCCAACACCAACAGGAUUCGUCAUCUGCCCACAAGAUCCGAGCACUCCUGCCUUACAGCAUUUCCCCCAAUAACAAGGAAGCUGAUUCAAAGAACCAGGGUCUCUUGAACAGCACCUAAUUCAGUCCUGAAAAACAAAAACUUUCAACAGUAUUUUGAAGCAUAGAGAGUCAUUUAAGACUUCUGCUGCUUAAAAGUAAUGUGUCAUUGAAGUCAUAAAAAGUGUUUUCUUCAUAACGGUACUCUAGUGUUUAAGUGUAUUUUUUCAAGUAGUUUUUAAGUGAAUUUUUUUAAAACUUACAGGUUUUGGUUUGAAUUAAAACUUUUUUUAUAUAUAUAUAUAUAUUUAUGUCCAUUAUCACACUGGAAGUGUUUUAUUACAAAAUUCUGUUAGUACACUUACAAGUGAAAUAGUGGAAUCAGUGAAAUUUUCACAGUAGCUUGGUUAUUUUUCAUAUAGAAGUAAAUUUAGAAUUAUAAAAAUAUAGCCCGUAUUAAAUUUAAAAAUAGGCCCACAUUAAAUACAUUUUCCAGAAAUACGUAUACCACAUACAGCUUUGAGCUGUUAAGCAUGUUGUUAUCAAUUAUUUUAGAACUUUACCAUUUCUGCAGUAUAAUCCUUACCUUGGAUAUUUUACGAAUAAAAUGUAGCUGUUUUCAAUGUCAAUUAAUUUAUCAGAACAUGAAUAGGAAAGAACAUUGCUGAAUUCCUAUGUGUAUGUAGGUUGGUUUUUUUUUUUUUUUGAAUGCCCAACCCAUUAUUAUAAAGUACCUCAAAACUAAUUAGUUCUGUUCUUAACAGUUGUCAGUGGUCAGAAAGUUCAUAUAAACUGGUUUUCCACUUUUCCACAUUUUUCUAUACUUCGUGGUACUAUCUGUAUUGUUCCCCCUCCAAAGCAACAUUUUAACUAAUGGUCUGUUGGGUUCUGGAUCUCUUUCAAGUAAAGCCCUCCAUUACAUCA